UUAUAGUAAAAUAAUUUAAUCUUCGUCUGAUAAAUUAAUAGAACUAUACGUUAACUGAUACAUUGAAAAGUUAUAGUACGAUUUAAAUUAUCAUCUAAAUAAUAUGUGUGAAAUAAGGUACAUGUGAUUUUCCAAUUAAACAUUUUUCAACAUGAGUUUGUUUUGCAUUGGUAAUUUAGACUUAUCCAAUAUUUUCAAAAAAAUGUGUUUGCGCAUAUUUAUGUAUGUAUUUAAAAAUUGACACAUACAUACAUAUUUGCAUAUUUAUAAGUUAUAUAUGUAUAUACUUGUAUAUGUAUGUAUGUAACUAUGUGUGAAACUGUAUAACCAUGGUUUGAUGGUUUGAUUAAUAAUAUUUUAAACCGUUUAAAUAAAAAGUGAAUAAAGGUGAGAAAAUGUAUAAAGGCAUUUGAAGCGGCUUUAAUACGCGGAAAGGAAAAAAUAUUAAAAAUCGUGGAAAAAACGGACGAAACUGUGAAGAUUAAAGAAAAUAAAACAUGUGAAAAGGAUGAGCAAGUGGUAGAAAUAGAAUAAAGUGUUUUAAACAGUGAGAUAGAUUUAGAGGCCCGAGAAUUCCAGAAAAAUAUAGCUUAAAUACAUAGCUCAAGGUAUGUACAUAUAUGUAUAACUAAAUAUAAUUAUUUCAAUACUUUAAGAUUGAACUUUUACAAUAUUUCAGCUAAAGACUGAAAGGAAUGCAAUUGUCAGAUGUUCUAAAAACGCAUGGAAGAGUAUAUAAUUAUAAUAACUAUAAUUAUUCUUUAGUAUUUUCUUAGAGACAAUGCUACAGGAUAACAAGCUUUUAAGAGAUCAACUCCGAAUUUGCAUGGAAGCAGUAGUCGAUAUGAAAGUGGUUGUAAAUAAGUGGAAUCGCCACAUUGCUGAGGAAACUGUUUUAACAGCAAAAUUUCCAUUGUCAAGUGUGGAGGACGUAGAAAAUGCAGAAAUAAAUAACGACAAUCGCGAAUGUUAUGUAAAGACUAUGAAAUCCCUUUUAAGGUCGUCAGGGGUGGUUAAAAAUCUUAAAGAGAUAUUGACGGACGCUGUUGUCCAAGAAUAUAAUAUUGACGGAAUUCAUGGAAAAAAAUCUUUAAGAGGUCUGGAGAAUUUUUACUCCCUAAAUAGGUAUGUAAAUACUGUUUACUUCUUUCAAGAUAUUAUAACUGUUUACGUUAUGUUUGUGAUAGCACUCAAUUACAUAUUGAUUUAUGUGUGAAAAUACAUCUUUACUAAAUUAUUUUAAUAUACAUAUAUCUUUCCAGAAUCAAUUCCAGUUAGCGAUGACUUCGAGCCUUCAGCUACAAAAAAUAGAAUAAACAUAGUGUAAAUAAAAAUAAAAAUAAAUCCGAACAUGAUAUGAAUAUUGACAUAUAAAAAUUGUAUCCUGUAUUAUUAAAUGAUGAAUGGUAUGAACUAAGUAUGUAAUGAGAUAACUAGUGAAAUAUAUAAGGUGGUAGGUAGUGAGGUAACUAGUGUAAUAUAGAAAGUUAUAAGUGGUGAAGCAGCUAGUGAAAUAUAGAAGAUGGUAUGUAGUGAGGUAGCCAGUGAAAUAUAGUUAGUGAUAUGUGAUGAAGUAUCUAGUGAAGUAUAGGUGGUGAAUCACUAGUGAAUAGUGUAAACUGGUUACCGCCAAUGACAUCGCCGUGUUAAAUUCAUGAGUGAAUUGCAUUGCCGGUAUUAUGGUGGGUAACCAGUGGUGGUUACCAGUAAGUAGUGAACGCACUAGUCUUUCACUAAUGAGCCGAACUGAAGGGCAAACUUUCCAACUUAUCCAUAGGAUAUGCAAAACAAAAUCCCAAAAAUUGCAAACACAUAUGCAUAUAUUCUAUUUGCGAAUAUUUCACACGUGCACAGGCAUAUUUACAUAAUCUGUACGAAAUUGAAUAACCCAUGGUGUAUCAAAAUAAUCAUCUGUGAAAAGAUAUUUUAUUCGCUUCACAAAUUGUGCCAGUCAUAAAU